ACCAACAACGACUCGAACCUCACCUCUACAUACACGCCUAUUCAUAUCACCUGCCUCUUCUCGUCGAGAAUUCUAUCGCUGUGUGAAAUCGCACACAGAGUCAGACAAAUUACGAAUUCCCGCCAAACGAUUAAACUCGGCGAUUUUUACACCACGCCGGUUUUCGCACCCCGCGCACCACCUUCUCUCGAUUUACGAACGGGAUAGCUAUCCUUUGAUUCAGAGACAAAAUGGAUGCUGCUAAGUUGGCUAAGUUGCAGCAGAGCGUGCGCAUUGGGUAUGUCCAUCUCCCUCGGAAUACAUCAACAUUCGCCCACCGAAAUUAUCUCGAACAGCAAAAACAAGGAAAGGGUACCCCCCGCCGCAAGACCAAGCGUGUCCACAAGACCUCCACCACGGAUGACAAAAAGCUCCAAACCACACUCAAGAAGAUGAACGUUCAACCCAUCCAGGCCAUUGAGGAAGUCAACAUGUUCAAGGAGGAUGGAAACGUUAUUCACUUUUCCAACCCUAAGGUCCACGCCGCCGUCCCCUCCAACACCUUCGCCAUCUACGGCAACGGCGAAGAAAAGGAACUCACCGAACUCGUCCCCGGUAUUCUGAACCAACUCGGUCCCGAUAGCUUGGCGUCUCUCCGUAAAUUGGCUGAGAGUUAUCAGAGUCUGCAGAAGAAGGAGGCUGGUGAGGGUAAGGAGGAUGAUGAUGAGGAUGAUAUUCCGGAUUUGGUGGAGGGGGAAAACUUCGAGGGUACUGUUGAGUAA